AUGCGAAGAUUGAUUGAAAAGUUUCCGCAAUUAGCCGAGUUGGUGAUGGAGCAAUGCAAGAGUGAAGAUGAAAAAAAUAAAGAGAUUACUUAUGAUUUCCAACUCAUUGACGAUCCUUUCUUGUUGCCUGAUGAGCUGGUAGCAAAGAAUGAGAAGGGAAGGGCGAUAAUGACAAAUGGAUCUGUGCAGUCGGAUGCGCAGCUGUACAGCAACAAUGGAUCGCUGAUCUACAGAGAUCAUCCGAUAAUGCUUAUGGCAAACUCCGAAAAUCCGGAAACCAGGGCGUUGCUUGCACAUCCGCUAGUUGUGAAACUUCUCGAGAAACGCUGGAGCGAGUUCGGACUCUUUUUCUCUUUAUGGCUAUCCAUUCUGCCAUAUUUCAUUUUCUUGCUUUCUUUUAUGAUCAUCUUACUGAGCAAUGAAAAAUGUUCUUCUGUGCAAACGACGCCCCAACACUACACAGCAACGAUUAAAUUUUCUCUCGAAGAGAAGUUCUCUCUGACUGAGAGAUCCGAAUGCACGCUUGACGGCAAUAACCAGUUAGAAAUACUGAUUUACAUUCUUUGUCCAAUCACGAUCUUCUUUCAACCAUCCAUUGAUACUAGCCCAGAUAAGAAACAAAUUUUCUGGAUUUUCUCUUGUUUCGUUGUGAUGCUUUCAUCGAUCAAUCUGCUGAUAUUAAUCAGCACAUUGAAAAACUUGGGAAUUUUUCUUCGAAUGCUCGUGAAAGUCUCGCAUACGGUCUUCAAAUUGACGCCAAUGUUUUGCUUCUUGGUCGCCGCCUUCGCAUCGAGUUUCAUUCUUUUGCUGCAAGAUGAGAAAGGAUUUGUUAGCUUUUCGCAUUCCUUUUUGACGACACUCGUUAUGUCAACCGGGGAGAUCAAUUACUUGGAAGUCUUCCAUGCAGACGAAACUAGCGACAAAUUCUGGAUGAAAGUCGCCGCCAGAUAUCUUCUCGUUCUUUUCAUUGCUGUUGUGGUGAUUAUGGCCAUAAAUGUGCUAACCGGCCGAGUUCAUUCUUCAUGUCCAGGCGUUCUUGAGCGAGAGGGUUUUGAAGCAGCUGAAGAAGAAGCAGCCACAAAUCCGAAGAGAGGUCCAGAUACUGAAAAUGUCGAGGAAAGAAGCAAAAUGGUGAAAAGGAUUAAUGAGAACUUUGAACAAGAAAAUUUGGCAUCCUUGAGCACCGAACAACUUCUCAUUUUGAAUCUGCGCAGUUUCCAUGCGCUCCAAAAGGAGACGGCCAUGACAUUACAAUAUAGUUCCAUUAAAAAGUUGUUGAAAGCUGUGCUAGCAGAGGAAGAGCAAGAUGCAUCACAAUCUCCUGCAGACACCAUUCAAAGCCAACCGGAUCUGCUUGUUCAACCCGAAUCAGGGCCUGUCGAAAGAUAUGGACCAACGAUUAAAGAUGAUCACGGCGCUGAGGCUGCUAGUCGUAAUCAACACGAGCAAAAACUCCCAUUACAAGGUGUUCGCGAGAAAAACGAUGAAGACAAAGAGGCGCUUGAGAAGUUUUUGGAGAAAUUUUCGGAUCAUUACUUGAUUGAACGA